AGAUUUCAAUCAAAAACAAUCAAAAUAAAACUUAACACAAAACUCAUAAUUCCCGGGUUUAUAACGCCAUCUGAGGCUAGUUCACAACCACAAAUUUCUGAAAUUCUCUCCUCCCAUUUGCACCCAUCAGUAAACAAAUUAAGUACAUACUUCCCAUUAGUGUGUUUCAACUAUUUGGCUAUCUUAAUUAUCUCCAAAAACAAAUUAUUUAGCAUGACCCCGAAAUUGACUUAGUGACUCAUAAUUUGACAGUUUCUCACUAACAAAAAUCAGAAAAAAUCUUUUCAUUGGUUAUUAACACCAAAAAGUACGUAGGUAUGGAUCUAGUGUGCUCAAUUUCCGAAAUAAUUCUAAUGACGUAACACCCUGUAUAGUUUGAAAAGUCACAAAGAUAAAUAUAGAUAUCAUCAGUGAUGUUAUCUCUAUUAUUAAAUACUUUUUUUACUAGUUUUUGAAGAUGUCGUAUCCUCCACCCGGUGGAGUCUACCCCACGCCGUACAAUGGUCAGUACCCACCUGUGCCCCCGGGUCAGGGCUAUGGAACGCCCCCUCCGCCCGGUUAUGGACCACCUCCAGGGUAUGGACCGCCGCCGCAAGGCUAUCCUCCAGGGCAGUACCCGCCUCCGGGCCAGUAUCCACCCCCAGGCCACUACGGACCUCCCCCACCAGUGAUCAACCAACCGAUGGGUCCAGGAGGUGCACCAGGUGGUUGGAUGAAUAUGCCGCAAGGACAAGUCAAUUGCCCUCCCGGAUUGGAAUACCUUACUAUGAUUGACCAAUUGCUAGUCCACCAAAAAGUCGAAUUAUUGGAAGCUCUCAUUGGAUUCGAAACCAAAAAUAAAUUUACUGUGAAAAAUAGCCUAGGCCAAAAAGUAUAUUACGCCGUUGAAGACUCCGACUGUUUGACUCGAAACUGUUGCGGUCCAAUUCGUCCUUUCGACAUGAACAUUUUAGAUAAUUACAAAAACGAAGUGAUUCAUUUACACCGUCCUCUGGCAUGUGAUUCUUGCUGUUUCCCGUGCUGCCUCCAAAGCAUAGAGGUUUCAGCACCUCCUGGCACAAUUGUAGGAACAGUUGAGCAAGAAUGGAGUAUCUUUUGUCCCAGUUUCGCGAUUAAAAAUCCAAGUGGCGAAACGGUUCUGCGAAUAGAAGGGCCGUUUUGUACUUUUAGUAUUUGUGGAGACGUCGAAUUUAAAAUAAUGUCAGCUGAUGGGAACACACAAGUGGGGAAAAUUUCAAAACAGUGGUCAGGUCUUAUCAGAGAAAUGUUUACGGAUACUGAUUAUUUUGGGAUAACGUUUCCGAUGGACUUGGAUGUGAGAAUGAAAGCUGUCAUGCUAGGAGCUUGCUUUUUAAUUGAUGCUAUGUUCUUUGAAAAAUCGAGAAAUAAAGAAGAGGAUACUCCAGGAAUGCUUUAGUUUUUGCAUUUAUGUGAUGUGUCGUUUAUUUUUAUUUUAAGUGUCUUUGCACAAUGUAUUUUUUAUUGUUAAUUCUAUAAAGACGUGUCAAUAUUAUUAAUGCUUACAAAAUGGCCUUCCCGACUAUAAAUUAAUAUAUUAUGUUCUUAAUACUAUUACUAACUAUUUACAUAUUAUAUUCUCGUAAUAAUUGUACAAUUUACCAAUAUAACGUUACCAGUA